AUGGUUCUUUUGUUCCCGUUCCGGCUCGUCGUUGGGCAGCAAGUGACGACUUUCCUGGUAUUGUUGGUAACGUCGUUUGUUCUCAUAAACGUGCUCAUGCGCUCGAUGUCAGCAUCGUCGACGCAGCCAGGGCCAUUUCAGUCGCAAGGCCCUCGCCCUCGUCUCGACGAUUCGUCCACCAAGCUGCUGUCUGCCGUCUUCCCCCACCUCGAUAACGGUGCUGGCCGUUGUGUCGGCGGUAAUGCUCGCUUCGACAGGCUGGUUAUCGGCUCUGGUGACGCAUUUAGUGAUGGAUAG